UGCCCGAGGAGCGGCCUUGGCCUUCGAGUAAUCAUUUCAACAUUCAUCUACUUCAUUUUUGAAAGAUAUGGAUAUGUGUUGUAAUGCCUAAACCACUUGUUGGAAUCCGACUGCGUUAUCACUUCCGGUUAGACAAAAAACGAUUAAUGUGUCGUUUGUGUCUUAAAUAAUUUGGAAAUUGGAUGCCCUGAGAUGACAAUACUGUACUGAAGGGCAAUGUCUGGUAAGCGCCACAGAAUGCCAUACGUUGCCAAGGUAACACCACCCAAAUUGAUGGUGAGUACCUGCCAUGCUAUGCUGCAGAAGACGGAUCAAGCUUCCAACUCAAGUACCAGCAGUUCUGAUGGUGUUCUGCCAACCUACACAGCCCUGUCCUCCAAGAACCACUGUUGUAAGUUGCUGCUGGGACUGCAGGACCUCCGAAACAAUGAGACUCUGUGUGAUUACUCCAUCCUGGCUGAAGGGGAGGUGAUCCGAGUCCACAAGGCUGUGAUGGCAGCCUGCAGUGACUACUUCCGGGUCAUGCUCUGUGGGGACAUGAAAGAGAGCAGGGAGGGGAGUGUAGACUUGAAGGGCGUCACGUCGAAUGGGUUGCGGGUGGUCGUAGAAUUUGCGUACACGGGUCAGCUGGGACUGACAACGGAGAAUGUAGAGGAUGUUUUGUCAGCAGCCACCCACCUCCAGGUUAGUGAUGCCGUGGAGCUGUGCAGCAAGUACCUGGAGACAGUCAUCACAGUGGAGAACUGUGUCGACAUUCUAAACCUGUCCGAACUGUACUCCCUAUCCUCUAUGCAUACAAAAGCACAGCAAUAUAUGCUAGAAAACUUUGAAAUUGUGGCAGAGUCGGAACAGUAUUUCAAACUUGCCCAUCUUCAACUUGCAGCCAUGCUGGCUGAGAAUUCCCUCCGAGUGGUCUCAGAAUACUGUCUGUUUGAGUUGGUGUUGAUGUGGAUUAAGUACAAACCGGAGGAAAGGGAGAAGUAUGUGGCCAACUUGAUGCGGAAUCUGCGACUGCCGCUGCUCUCAGGGGAAGAGUUGGUCGAAAAAGUGAGUCGAGUGGAGGUGAUGAAAAAGAAUGCAGAAUGCAAUGAGCUGCUAACUCAGGCCAAAGACUACCAUAUUGUUGUCAGCAAACAGCCUCUACUUCAGUCCAGCCGCACACAAGUCAGGUCAGAGCGGAAGAGUUUGGUUAUGUGUCAUGCUCAGAAUCUGGAAAGUUACAAUUUCAAGACGAAGCGACAAGGAUUUCUAAGAGAUGCUACCAUACCUCUAUAUAACCCAUGUGUAGUGGUGGUGGACAACUUCAUGUAUGCAUGUGGUGGGAAGUAUGACAGUACGGAGAACAAUGAGAUUGCCACUGCCAGAUGCUUCAGAUAUGAUCCUCGUUUUGACUUCUGGUACGAGCUCUCUUCCAUGAACGAAGCCAGGAAGGACUUUGUUGUGGUAGCAUACAAUGGUCAACUGUAUGCUAUCGCUGGUCAGGAUGAGAACAUGGUGAUGUGCACAGUGGAGUGUUUCUCCAUAGCAAACAAUGACUGGGAGAUGAGGGCACUGCUCAGUCACUCGGUGUAUGGCCAUGCAGGGACUCUGUGUCAGGACAAACUCUACAUCUCAGGGGGGCAGCGUUUCUCUGGCUGUUGUAACAACCUAGCUUGCUACACGCCCGCCAGUGACUCCUGGGAGGAACGAGCGCCGAUGAUCCACAGCCGUUGCAACCAUGUGAUGGUGGAGGUGAAGGACAAGCUGUACGUCAUUGGGGGAAACAUUGAAGACAGUUACGGCUUUCCCGUUCCAAUCAUUGCCAUUGAAAGGUACUGUCCUGUGGCCAAUCAGUGGACUCUGUGUGAGAGGACGGUCAACAUACGAGAGGCUGGGGCUAGCGUCCUUGACAACAAGGUGUACAUUGUUGGUGGCAUCAAUGGUGAACAUUACUAUUCAGAUCUACUGCAGCUGUAUGAUCCCAUCCUAGAUGAGAUUACAUUGGUAGAGAAAUUCCCAACCAGGAUCUUUGGAAAAGCCUGCUCCAUUCUGACUCUGCCUCAGUAUAUAUGAAACAUGUACAUAAAAUAGUCAUGUUUAGGUUAGGUCUUCGGGAUAUAUUUAGACCUGUACAGAGACAGAUUUUCAGCCCCAAGUAUUCAGCGAUGACAAAAGAAAUUCCCAAUUUGAUGUAAGAACAUAUUUUCAGCCCCAAGUAUGCAGCGAUGACAAAAGAAAUUCCCAAUUUGAUUUAAGAAUGUUCCAUUUCCGCAGGAUCUAUGAAAAUAUGAUCAGUAUCACAAUUUUUUCCCAAUUUACUUAACUUAACUUUUUGAAUGCUAGAUAUAUCUCUAGGUUUGUACAUGUGAACAAUGUGUACCCCACUUCAUCAAGUCGACUAUGGCGCCGCAAUUCAUUGUGCAGAGUGGCGUCCCUUGGGACGCCAGAAACUUAUGAUUGUGGUUACAAAUCCCAAUUUGCCCGAUUAUGUUUCUGGGUUUGUCAGUACCAUACUCACGCUUGU